AUGCUGGAGAUUAUUGAAGAGCAUGCCCCUGGACUUGGACAGAAGAAAUUCUUUGGAGGUGACAAAAUUGGAAUGGUGGACCUUGCCUUGGGUCAGCUUGCACACUGGAUGGGAGCCAUUGAAGAAGUCACCGGGGUUCAGAUAAUGGAAGCCGGCAAGUUCCCUCGCCUGGAACCCUGGAUGAAGAACUUCAAGGAAGAUCCUGUAAUCAAAGAAAACCUCCCCGAAUUCAAGGAUAUGAUAGCAGCCAUGAAACGUCGUAGGGAGACCUUGCUAGCAUCCAAGUGAUCAUAAUAUAGUGUUCUAUCUUUAAAAAUAUUUAAAAAUGUUUAUUUAUAAUGUAAUUUUAAUUUAUUAAAUAAUAAAUUUUAAUUAUUUUG